UCACUGCCGAAGUUGUGCUUUGAGAAAUUAUGCAAAAAACAAAAAUCGAAAACCCCAAAAAUAGACUCUCCCAGCCGACAGCCAAAAGACUAGGCUACCGGCCAGUGGCUACUCGUGUUUGCAUCGAAACGAAAUCGAAAUCGAAAAACAGAGGUAAUAACAAUAAAAACAAUAAAUAUGUAAUAACCAAAAACGAAAAGAAAAAAUUGUUUUCAACUUCCGUUGUGGUAUAAAAUCCCAGUACGAAGUGGUUGGAGGUAUCAAAUCAUCACUGCCCAUAGCAGAACAAACAACGAAUUCUCGGGAUUAACCAAAAAACACAAAACGAAAUGAAAUUGUUCAUUGUGUUAGCCUGUACCUUGGCCGUGGUGGCCGCUCGCCCCGAGCCUCCCAAAAGCCGUUACGGACCUCCCCCAGCUCCCCAAAAGGAAUACUUGCCACCCAAGCCUGCUGAGCAGUAUGGCCCGCCACCUACCCAAUCAUCAGCUCAACCUUUACCCGUCUAUGGUGCUCCAGCUCCUUUCUAUGGACCUCCCGUGGCCGAGACGUUGGUAACCAAGAAUGUCUAUGUCCAUGUGCCACCAGAGGAGCCUGAAUCCUAUCCCGCCCCAGCACCCAUCCAAACUGCUGUGCCCAAGAAACACUACAAAAUCAUUUUCAUCAAGGCUCCCAACCCACCUGCCCCCGUCCGUCAAGUCCUUCCACCCCCUGUCCAGGAUGAACACAAAACAUUGGUCUAUGUCUUGGUUAAGAAGCCCGAAGAACAACAACCCAUCAUUUUGCCCACACCCCAACCCACUGAGCCCAGCAAGCCCGAGGUGUACUUCAUCAAGUACAAGCAACAAAACAAACCAGCCGAACAAUACGGCCCACCAGCCGCUCCUGCCGAACAAUACGGACCACCAGCUGAAAAAUUCUAAAUUCUGGGAUCCGACACCAUUCGAAUGUGGUCUGUUUGUAAAUAGUUUUUUUUUUUUAACGCCACUAUCCCCACUACCACCCCCAUAUCCCAUAACUUAAAUUAUGUUCAUACGUCCCACAAUGCGCUAAUCGUCCUUCCUUCCUUUAUCCAUCCAUCCUUUCCUUACUUAGUCCAAUCUAACUAAGUUCGUAAAGCUUUACUUGUUAUUAAUUUUGUUUUGUUAUUUUUUUAAUAUUUUUUUGUGUGUGAUAGAUUAGGAAGUGAUAAUAAAAACAAUA